AUGAGAGUAGAAGUGAUAGCUCGCAAAGUGUGGUUGAGCUGUAUCAGGAUUCUGCAGCUCAGCCUCUGCAGCACGACUCCACCUUCCUCUCAGCUGCAGCUCACUGACUUGCCCCAGAGACCAGCAAGCUGCCUGGCGAGCAUAGCGAUGCACAUCGUAUAAAAGGUGCGCGCAGAGAAGGUGGAAGUCGCUGUGGAAGCCAUCCACCCCUCACACCUACACGCAUACACGUCCCCCCCUCAUUCUGUACAGCACACCCACAUAGUCACUGUUUUUCCUAUUAGUUCUCGCACACUUGGCAGGAUGGACGCCAUGGGGAGCCCCUUUAGGAGAGUUACGGACAACAGGACCAGCUACAGCUACAGCCGCUCGGCGGGCGGCCCCUCCACCGGCGGAUUCCGCUCCCAGACGUGGUCCCGGGCCAGCCCGGCUUCCAACGUGAGCGCGUCGUACAAGAGCGCCGUCAACAAGCCCCGAAUGGACACCUUCGAACUGAGCCAAAGUUCCCUCCUGAGCGCGGACUCCUCCAGGCGCUCCAACGAGAAGGAGCAACUCCAAGGGCUCAAUGACCGUUUCGCCGUCUACAUCGACAAGGUGCACUACCUGGAGCAGCAGAACAAGCAGAUCGAGGAUGAGAUCCAUGCCCUGAGAAACCAGCAGGUGUCCCGCUCGCAGUUGGGCGACCUGUUCGACCAGGAGCUGCAGGAGCUGCGCGCCACGCUCGAGCAGAUCCACCGCGACAAAGCGCAGAUUCAGCUCGACAGUGACCACCUGGAGGACGACAUCCUGAGGCUCAGGGAGCGCCUGGAUGAGGAAGCCCGCAUCCGGGAGGACACCGAGGCCAUCAUCCGCGUCCUUAAAAAGGACGCCGGUGACUCGGACAUGCUCAAAUCCGAGCUGGAAAAGAAAGUCCAGUCGCUGCAGGACGAGGUCGCCUUCAUCCGCAACAACCACGAAGAGGAAGUCAACGAGCUUCUGGCCCACAUCCAGGCGUCUCAGGUGACCGUGGAGAGGAGAGACCCGCAGCGGGCCGACAUCACCGAAGCUCUGCGCGAGAUCCGCAGCGAGCUGGAAGGCCACUCGGACAAGAACCUGCAGCAGGUUGAGAGCUGGUUCAUGUGCCACUACUCCAAACUGAACGAAGCGUCCGAGCAGAACAAGGACGCCAUCAAGAACGCACGCGACGAGAUCAACGACUACCGGCGCCAGCUGCAGUCCAAGACGGUCGAGCUAGAGUCGGUGCGCGGCACAAGAGAAUCCCUGGAGCGACAGCUUGGCGACAUUGAGGACCGCCACAACGGCGACCUGGCCAGCCUGCAGGAGACAAUCCACCAACUGGACAAUGAGCUCAAGAGUACCAAAUGGGAGAUGGCACGUCAUUUACGCGAGUACCAGGAUCUGCUCAAUGUCAAAAUGGCCCUGGAUAUUGAGAUUGCUGCAUACAGGAAACUCCUAGAGGGCGAGGAGACCCACUUCAGCACAUUCUCCCAUCGUCCGGCUGUUUCGUCCGCCAGAAUGUCACUUUCCAAAUCAGAACCUCCCAGGAUGAAGGUGCAACACAAGUUUGUCGAGGAGAUCAUCGAGGAGACCAGGGUGGAAGAUGACAAGGCCGACAUGGAGGAAGCCCUGGAUCAGAUUGCGCAGGAGCUCUCGGCCACACUUGAAGAAAGUGGAGGCGAGGAGGACAAAGAGGAUGGUGACGAGGAAGAUGAGGUGGAGGAAGAGGAAGUCGUAGCGGCAACUGAUGCUAAAGUUAGCUCCGAGGCACCGGCGAAAGAGGAAGAGGGGGAUGAUGAAGAGGAAGAGGAAGAAGAUGAGGAUGAUGGAGAAGAUGAGGCAGGUGAUGAGGAAGUGGUAGAAGAAACUGUCCUCUGCUCAAAAACCCAAGAGUCCAAAGCCAUUCCCGAGAAAGUAAAGGCUGAAGAUGAGGAAGAGGAGGAAGAAGAAGAAGUCAGUGAUGAGGAAGAGGAAGCGGAUGACGAAGAGGGUGAAGACAAAGCAUCCAAAGAUGGAGACGACGAGGAUGACAAGGCAGAUGAAGAAGAUGAGAAGGUUGCAGUUGAAGACAUUGUGACAGAAACCAUUGUCUCCAAAGUACAAGUUCAGAAAACAGAAGCUGCAAUACCUGAAGCCAAAAAGGAAGGACUGACAAAACCAGAUUCUCUUAAACCUGAAUCUCCAAAAGGUGGUUCCUCAAAGUCUGCAUCCCCAAAGGCUGGUUCUCCAAAAUCUGAAUCACCAAAGGCUGGUUCUCCCAAAUCUGAAUCCCCAAAAGCUCCUUCCCCCAAGACAGAAUCCCCCAAAGCCGGUUCUCCAAAAUCUGAAUCCCCAAAAGCUCCUUCCCCCAAGACAGAAUCCCCCAAAGCUCUUUCCCCCAAAACAGAAUCCCCCAAAGCUCUUUCCCCCAAGACAGCAUCCCCCAAAGCUGUUUCCCCCAAGACAGAAUCCCCCAAAGCUCUUUCCCCCAAGACAGAAUCCCCCAAAGCUCUUUCCCCCAAAACAGAAUCCCCCAAAGCUCUUUCCCCCAAGACAGAAUCCCCCAAAGCUCUUUCCCCCAAGACAGAAUCCCCCAAAGCUCUUUCCCCCAAGACAGAAUCCCCCAAAGCUAUUUCCCCCAAGACAGAAUCCCCCAAAGCUAUUUCCCCCAAGACAGAAUCCCCUAAAACUCUUUCCCCCAAGACAGAAUCCCCCAAAGCUCUUUCCCCCAAAACAGAAUCUCCAAAAGCUCCUUCCCCCAAAACAGAAUCCCCUAAAGCCGGUUCCCCCAAAACUGAAUCUCCUAAAGCUUCUUCUCCCAAGACAGAAUCCCCUAAAACUACUUCACCAAAAACAGAAUCCCCUAAAGCGGCUUCUCCCAAGGAAGAAUCCUCAAAAGCUGGUUCCCCCAAGACUGAAUCCCCAAAAGCUCCUUCCCCCAAGUCUGAAUCCCCAAAAGCUGGUUCCCCCAAGUCUGAAUCCCCAAAAGCUCUUUCCCUCAAGUCAGAUUCUCCCAAAGCCGAGUCCCCUGAAUUAGAAUCUCCCAAGCCUGCACCCCCCAAAGAAGCCUCACCCAAAACUACUCCCCCAAAAGCAGAGUCGCCUAAAUCUGAAACUCCCAAGCCUGCAUCACCCAAAGAAGACUCCCCAAAGGCCGGUUCACCAAAAGCAGAGUCCCCUAAAUCAGAAUCCCCCAAACCUGCAUCCCCUAAAGACACCUCACCCAAGGCCGGCUCCCCAAAAGAGGAGUCUCCUAAAUCAGAAUCUCCCAAGCCUGGAUCCCCUAAGGAAGACUCACCAAAACCUGACUCACCAAAGACCGACGCGACCAAACCAUCCGACGACAAAAAGACUGACGACAAAACGACAAAGGACGCCGCCAUGAACGGUGACGUGGACAAAAGCAGCCCCAAGGAAGACCAGAAGAAGCUCGGCGAGGGCAACGACGUGAUCCUCAACGGCGUGGACGAGAGCCCCGUCAAAGACGACGGCAGCCAGAAAGUGGUGAUCACCAAAACGGUGGAAACCAUCACCACGGGCGAGGACGGCAUGCAGCAAGUCACCAAGUCCGUCACCGUUACCGAAACAGUGAAGGAGGUCGAGGAGGUUCUGCAGGACAAGAUGGUCUCCUCCAUCAAGACGGAGAAGCACUCCACCCAGACCAUCAAGCAGGUGACGGAGAGCGACUGAGGAGGCGGGCCCGCCGACGAGCAAUCAAGCAGAACUAACCUUCGGGAACAUCAUGCAGCUAGAGCGACAUUAUCAAACAUACUUAGAGAGAAGCCAAACGCUACAAAUGUUAGACAUGCAUGUUUGCAGAUGCAAGGAGGAGGGCGAGCCAUUCAGACAUUUUAUCUUUUACCCUUCUUGUCGCAGCGCAACUGAUGGGUUUGCGGUUUUCGGGGAUGGGCGGGGCUUUGCAUGCUAUUCAGCUCAGGGGCAGGAGGGGGAGGGGCACUUUCCUCUCCUAUGUACGGCCAUGAGAUAAGGAUUCACUUUAGAGGGGGUAUGAUGUAUUUUGUCGAGUGGGGCGGGGCUAGGGGCGGGGCCUCUGCACACGUACACAUGCUGUGCUGAAGUAGCCUUAUACGUGACAUAUGAAUAUAGCAACUCAGCCAAAAAGAAAUCACACACCUGCCGCAGCGAAUGACAACAGGACGAUCCGAUAAGCGUACGGAGUUUCCGGGAAAGUCCUUCUCGCCUUAACCGUGCUUUUCAAUCCGUUCCGUCUACCCGAGUGCAUAUACAAAGAAAUACCGUAUUAGUGCUUAGGGGGUCUUGCGUUCUCGUAUGGGAAGCGGAAAUGCAGAAAAUAUAUGAGGUGCUACUUGUUUGCAGUCCCACAGCCGUACGCAUCACUUGAUGAUUUCCCAGCAGCAUUUGCUCAAUAAACAUCAUGAAAUCAAA